AUGAAUUGCUUGGAGAAGAAAUCGCCGGAGGCGAGUGCCGAAUGUAAGGGCAAGACCAUCGAGUUGAAUCCUGGGUCGGCUUGUCCGGCUCCGUUGAUAUGUCCCCUGCCGACGGAACCGCCCUCCCACCGCCUGAAGAAACCACCUCAGCCCGCCCUCGUGGGCUUGACCCCUCACCCUGAUGAAGCCGCCCAGCAACACCUGGUGAUGAAUAUCGUGGGUGCCGCUCAGGAUCAUCAGAAGCUACAGGGGGACCUUCAGGCGGGAGUUGACCAGCAGCAGAUGCAAAUGGCCGACAUUCGGGCUGAGCAAUACAAACAAUCACAAAGGCCUGUGAAAAUGGAGGAGAUGCAAUUUGCGCGUACAAUGGAUCCCGAAGCGGAUGACCUGCGAAAUCCACCAUGCUAUUUGCCCCAGCAGGGUGACGAGCUGCCCCACAAAGACCAGUUGAUGCCCAUGGGUCCCAUCGGUCCCUGGGCUUCUGGCAAAGUGGACUGGAGUCCCAUGGCGGGUAUUACGGGAACACGACCAGUUGUGGAUCGCUACUCGAUCACCCGGUAUAGUCCAAACGAGUGGCGCACUCGUAACCACGAGACGGUGCAGGUGGUCAACGGAAGUUUGGGCAGGGCGGAUAAAAACCGCUUUAGUUCCACCACCGAGUUCCUGAGACUCUCUGCUUUGGUGGCCAAGUCACAAAAUGAGACCACCGACAAGCUGAGGAUCCGUUCUCAGCUGAUUGGCAAAUGGAAGAACACGCUGGAGAAUGCCAUCAAGGCAAUGGCCGAUGAGAUCUCUACAAUGGAGGUGGAGCGUAUUAAGCUGAGAAAGUCUAUGGUGGUUCUGGGUGUACCCGAGUCGAUUGCCAAGGAGUGUAUUGAGAAGCGGGCGACGAGGCCGGAUACGGAACUGGUUCGCGACCAGGUGGAGGAGGAGCUGGUCAACGAGCUGGCUUUAAUAGCCGAGAUUCGCAGGUUGUUGAUGAAGACGCUGGAUGACUUCAAUACCCAGCAGGUAGAGAAUCGCACGGCUCGCCAGCGUCUUGAAUACGAUUGGAGUGACAAGAAGGAGGCCUACGAGAUUGAUACCCUAAAUACUGGACUGAACAAUAGCUCCAGGACAAUUAUGUUUCGACCGGGAGCCGUGCGACAGCCACCGGAACAGGCCUCCGAAAAGUACUGGGAGCACUUCAGCAUGGAGACCCUGGACGAAUGUGAGAAGUGUCGCCUCAAAUCAGUGACCCUGCGCAAUACACUCAACUCGACCCUGAUGAAUGCGGCUAGGGAUAUUCGCACGCAGGCUGAUGUGGUGGAGAAGGCCCUGACCUCCAGGAUCAACUGCACCCAGGAGGCGGUGCAGCGUUUCGAGAAUGACUUGAAGAACAUCCUGCAGGGCUUGGCCGAUGUGGAGAACCGCAUUGAGCAGAUGAAGCGCCGCAUUGCAUCCUUUGAUGCCUCCAUGAAGGUGGCCCAAACGCGCAUGGACAACCGCAGCUAUAGGCCCAAUGUGGAGAACUGUAGGGAUCUGGCCCAGCAGGAGCUCAUCGAUGGCGUCCACACCAUUCAGAGCAGCGUUUCGGCCCUGCUCCAUGAACUGGAGGAAGCGGAGCGGGUCAAGACGGAUCUGGUCAGCUCACGAGCCCGUCUCGAACGGGAAAUAAUGCUCAAGAGGCGCAGCCUGUUCAUCGAUAGGGAGCGUUGUAUGUUGAUGCGAUCGCAUUAUCCUUCGGCGAACACUCUUAGUGGUUCUGCCACAUCGUAAAAGGAAGUGGCGUUCUCUCCGAAAGAUGUCUAAAUUUUUAAGUAUUACCAAUUUGACAGGGGCUUCAAAUUGAGGGGUUAAGGUGUUCAAAAGAAACGAGGUGGGUUUUUAAAUAAUAAGUGUGCGCCUGAAGAGAGAGUUCCCAAAAUUUACAAGUAUUUAAUUAUGUGA